UAAAUAUGUAAUUUGAAGAAGUUAAGUAUUAUUAUUCAAAAUCCAUUAAAGUUUAUUUAAACUUGCGUCAAAAAUUAUAGUUGAUUUUUGCCAUAUAAGUGUUAUGUGUAUGCGCUAAAUUCGUCACCAUUAUCAUGGAAAAAUGACAGCAUACAAAUUUACGUACUUCAAUGCCAAGGCCCUUGGCGAAUCUAUCAGGAUGCUUUUCCACUACGGAGGCGUCGAAUUCGUCGAUGAUCGCGUUAAUUUUGAAGAUUGGCCUAAAAUCAAGCCAUCCACUCCAUUUGGGCAGCUUCCUGUGCUCGAAGUAGACGGCAAAAAAGUUGUUCAGUCCUCGGCAAUCGCAAGAUAUCUGGCUAAAAAGUUUGGCCUUGCUGGCAAAGACGACUGGGAGGCGCUGCAAAUCGAUUCUACCGUCGAAACCAUCCACGACCUUCGUACAAAAAUCGCUGCCCACUACUACGAGAACAACGCGGAGUCGAAGGCUGAGAAGUUGAAGAUAGCCAAAGAAAUGGUUCCCUUUUACGUGAACAAACUCGAUGAGCAGGUGAAAAAGAACGGUGGUUACUUUGUUGGCGGCAAGCUCAGCUGGGCCGAAUUCGUGUUCGUUGGUCUUCUGGAGUAUCUGAAUUACACACAGGGUUGCGAUAUCAUUGCUAAGGCGGAAAAUCUGAAGGCGUUAAGAGAUACGGUCCUGGCGAUACCUUCUAUCAAGACUUGGGUGGCUAAGCGUCCCAAAACUGAGUUUUAAUUUGUAAUCAAAGUCCAUCAUUCCGUAAAGUUUUCUUUUAUUUUGCUUUUGGCAUUUUAUGAAAUGAUGAAACGCAUUGUACUUUCAUGAAUAUAAUCCUUAUAAAAAAAUCAUUGCAUUAAACA